AUGCCCCAUCCCAAUAAUACCUAUAUUCACCCCUCUUCUUUCCUACUGGUUGGUAUUCCAGGGCUAGAAACUGCUCAUAUCUGGAUUGGCUUCCCUUUUGGUUCUGUAUAUCUGAUUGCACUCUUAGGAAACUGCACCAUUCUGUUUGUGAUACAUACUGAGAAGAGUCUCCACCAACCCAUGUUCUAUUUCUUGGCUAUGUUAGCUGCUAUUGACCUUGGCUUAUCAACAGCUACCAUCCCCAAGAUGCUGGGAAUAUUCUGGUUUCAUUUAAGAGAGAUUAGUUUGGCAGGCUGUGUGGCCCAGAUGUUUUUUGCUCACAAUUUCACCACCAUGGAGUCAGCAGUGCUUUUGGCCAUGGCCUUUGAUCGUUAUGUAGCUAUCUGCCAUCCUUUCAAAUACACCACCAUCCUGACCACCAAGACCAUUGGGACAAUUGCAGGGGCCAUAAUCCUUAAGUCUCUGACCUUCAUGCUUCCUUUGAUUUAUCUUGUUUUGAGGUUACCAUUCUGUGAUUCCCAUCUCAUUCCUCACACCUAUUGUGAACACAUGGGCAUUGCCAAGUUGGCCUGUGCCAGCAUUAGAGUCAAUAUUAUUUAUGGCUUGGUUGUAAUUUUUAUAGUAUUUGUGGAUGUGAUUCUGAUUGGAGUUUCCUACAUCAGGAUCCUUCAGGCUGUCUUCCGCCUCCCAUCCCAAGAUGCUCGACUAAAGGCCAUGAACACUUGUGGCUCCCACAUUUGUGUUAUGUUGGCCUUCUACACCCCAGCUCUAUUCACCUUCCUCACUCACCGGUUUGGUAAGAAUGUACCUCACUACAUUCACAUCCUCUUGGCCAAUCUAUAUGUUGUUGUGCCACCUGCCCUCAACCCCAUUAUUUAUGGUGUCAGGACCAAGCAGAUUAGGGAUCGUGUUCUCCAAAUAUUCAUCAAAAAAUGA